CCGUCGGGGUAGCGCGUGUCUAUGGAGCAGGGUAUUGACAAAACGUCGCGUCUCCUCGCUAUGGAGCAGAGUGGCGAAAAAACGUCGCCUCUCAUGGCUAAGGACGAGCGUGUUGUCGUCCUGCCAGGGAACGGAAAGAUCCUAAUACGCGAGGAUACAAUACUGACUAAUCUACAUGGUUGUGCGGGGUGUGGAAGAGCCCAGUUCACGUGUUCAGGGAUAAAGAAUCAGUGGUCCGUGUUGUGUUGGGGCCAGCAGACUGACAGAAGAUAUUAUUGCUUAAUAACAGUGUUAUCAGCGACUUUCGUUCUCAGUCUAUUGGGCACGAUAUUCUUCUGUUUCACUGACACAAUCAAUGAUGCUAUUAUAUCGAACAUGGCGAUACGUAACAACUCGAUAGCAUAUUCCAUGUGGAGGAGGCCUACAGUAAAACCUCUGAUGAAGGUCCACCUUUUUAAUUACUCCAAUUGGCAGAGGGUCAGAGAUGGUCUGGAUAAAAAGCUGCAUCUGGAUGAUGUUGGACCUUAUGUGUAUUCACAGCAGCUAGAAAGGGUGAACAUCAAGUUUGAAGGAGACCUUCUAACAUAUCAAGAGAGGAAUAAUUUUCAGUUCCUCCCUGAAAAAAGUACAGGGGCUCAUUUUGACCAAGUUUUUGUGCCAAAUCUUCCGUUGCUGGGUGUAGUCGCGAAAUCUGUAAGUUUACAGUACUUUGGACAAAUAGCGCUUAAAACAACGCUUUCCACGUUUGCCAAUCAUAAGGAUGCUUUUUUGAAGUUGCCGGUACAAAGGUUUCUAUGGGGAUAUGAUGAUAGUAUAAUAGAUUUAGCCAAACCAGUCCUCAGUUUACAAGGACAAUUAAACUUUGACAAAUUUGGCCUUCUUGUAACUAAAAACGGCACAGUAUCAGACAGACUAACAAUAAACACAGGAGAGAAUGAUAAGGAUAAAAUGAAUAUUCUGGAAAAACUCAACGGCGAUAGACAACUCAAGCACUGGGGAAGCACCGAAUGCAAUAGAAUAGAUGCGUCAGACGGAACGAUAUUCCCGCCCUCCAUGUUGGAUAAGAAAGACACACUACAUGUGUUCUACGCGAACCUUUGCAGACGACUACCCUUCAAUUAUGUUAAGGAUGUUGAGAUAGCAGACGGCAUCCAACUCCUCCGCUACAGAAUGCCGGACACAGUGUUCGACGACCCCGCGCACUUUCCGCCGAACCAAUGUUAUUGCGAAAUUGAUACCGGCGAGUGUCCGCCGAGAGGGGUUAUAAAUGUUACUGCUUGUGCUAUGGGAGCCCCCGCCCUAGCCUCAUUCCCACAUUUCCACCUCGGAGACCCAUCAUUACGGAAACCGUUUACGGGGCUGAAUCCGAACCCGGAACUACAUGAAUCGUACUUGGAUGUACACCCUACACUGGGAAUCAGUUUGAGUGGGAAAUCUAGCUUACAAAUAAAUAUUCAAGUAAGAAAAACGAAUCUGUAUCCAGCCUUGAGUUUCUUAGAAGAUGGAUUGAUAUUACCCGUGGCGUGGAUUGAAAUGACAGUGGAAGAAUUACCAGACAGCCUCCGAUCUCUAGUAUACCACGGCACAUAUUCAACAGCAGCAGCCCAACUCGGUUUAACCGUAUUCUGCGUACUAACACUCGUUUUAUCCGGCCUAAGUUUAUUCAUUUUAUUAGCAACACGAAGAAAGAAACCGUGCGCCACACUGAAAAUUGUUCCCGCGGAAACUGAACUGUUUAGAAAUUAUACAGAUGAUAAAAUUAACGUGAAUUAAAAAUAAAAUAGUUUUCGACCAGUGUUUUGAAAUUUGAAUUUCGUGUUGACGUGUAGCUUAGGUAUGUUUGAAUUUCGUGCAAAUUAAAAAAAGUAGAUGUCAAUGUCAGUUAUUUAAAAAAACAAAUGCACUACAAUUUUAUUUUUGUAACCAAAAUAAUUUUCGAUUUAUUACAGACUGAUGAUUUAGUUAA